AUGUUACCAAAUGACUGUAUUAUUAAAUCCAUAAAUGGUAAUAUUAAUGAUUUAAAAGAAAUUAAUUUUAUCCCUUUGUCAAAUAGAAAAAUGGCAUUGACUGAACGAAAGAAAUCAUCGUAUCCCGAUUUAUACAUGCUAAAAACUAAUCAAAAUGUUACAACAAAUCAUGCUAUUGUCGUAUUGCCGGAACGUUCACAUUCUACUAGAUCAUCUCGUACAUCAACACGUCUCCGACCUGGUAAUAGUUGGAUUAUGAAUUAUGAUUCUUGUAUAGAUUAUACUGUUACUUCCAAUUCAUCAAAUUCUAUUAUUACUACUACUAUAACAAAUUCAUGUUCACUCUUUACUAGUUCCUCAUCUUUAUCUUCUAAAGUAAAUCGUACUCAUGAUCCACCAUCAGUCGUUAUUUCUCAAAUUUUUAAUCCAUUUGUAUUCUCAUCAAAGUCUGUUCAUAGUUCAUUAUCGUCGAAUAAUAAUGAAAAUAUAAAAAGUGAAUGGAAACAUUUACCAGGAAAAUGUUUAAAAUCACGGAAUCGAAUGUUUAUUGGUCCUGAUUACUGUAACAAAAAUUCCAACUACAAACCAUGUACUACUACUUUUCGUCCAUUACGUCAUCUGAUUAAUAACUGGCCACCACCUCAACUAAUCAACCCAAUGUAA